UAAUAAUGUUCGAGUUCACUCUGUUCUAUUAUAUCGUUACAAGAACACGAAAAGAAUAAUACCUCUCCGUUGAUUAAUGUCUGAAGAGAUGAAGAUUUCAAACGUCCAUUUCUUUUUCAAAAUCUUCUUCACAAUUCUCUUCACCUCACAUGGAUCUCAAAUCGACGACGUUCCUUCAUCGAACAAUGGCGUCGCCUUCUUCGUCUUCGGCGAUUCCUUUCUCGAUCCUGGAAACAACAACUUCAUCAACACUACCGAGGAUUUCCGUGCCAAUUUCACGCCCUACGGCGAAACUUUCUUCAACUCUCCGACCGGAAGAUUCUCCGAUGGCCGUCUCAUACCAGACUUCAUCGCGGAGUACGCCAAUCUGCCUCUGAUUCCAGCGUAUUUAGAUCCUCACAACAAUCUCUACAUCCAUGGCGUCAAUUUUGCAUCCGGUGGAGGCGGCGCUUUAGUCGAAACUCACCAAGGAUUCGCUAUAAACAUUGAAACUCAACUUAGGUAUUUCAAGAAGGUGGAGAGGUCGUUGAGGAAGAAGCUCGGUGAUGCCAGAGCCAGUAGCUUGCUCUCGGACUCUGUUUAUAUGUUCAGUAUCGGAGGAAACGAUUACAUCGUCGCUUUUGAAGGUUCUCCUGUUCUUGAAAAGUACACUGAAAUCGAGUACGUGAACAUGGUGAUCGGGAACGUAACAUCCGUCCUCCAAGAAAUAUACAAGAAAGGAGGAAGGAAAUUUGCAUUUCUGGCGGUGCCUCCAUUAGGUUGUAUGCCGCACACGAGAUUGAUGAAAGUGGGCGGCCAUGGAAGCUGUUGGGAUGAAGCUUCAGCGCUUGCGAGGCUUCACAACAAACUGCUUCCUGCUGCUCUUCAGAAGCUUGCCCACGAUCUCCAAGGAUUCAAAUACACCCUCGCUGAUACCUACAAUAUGCUUCAAAACAGAAUCGACAACCCUUCAAAAUAUGGUUUGAAGGAUGGAAGAACAGCAUGCUGUGGAAGUGGAGAGUUGAGGGGAAUAUAUAGCUGUGGAGGAAUGAGAGGACAAACAGAAUUUGAGUUAUGCGAAAAUCCCAAUGAAUAUCUGUUCUUCGACUCUUACCAUCCCAAUGAAAGAGCUUAUGAGCAGUUUGCAAAGCUGAUAUGGUAUGGAGAUGCCCAAUUCAUUAACCCUUCCAACCUCAAACAAUUCUUUCAAUGUGGAUCAUCACAAGCUUGAACUCCAUGUGUACCUAUCACUAAAUAAAGUUUCCAAAUAUACCCUCACACGUGGGAUAUUACACCGUUA